CAGGAAAUCGAAAAAAAGAAAGAAAGCAAACGGGCUUAAUAGAAGUAGCUGAAAUGAUAAUCAUAUGGUCUGAAAUCUGAAUUCGAUUGUUUAGUCAUUUUCUUUUCUUUUGAACCACUGUUAUACGCUUCCUCUACAUUAAAGAAAAUACUUUUUAAUUUCACUGCAGAAUCUGAAACUCCACAGGAAAUGAUAUUCUGAAUCCUAUUCCUACCUUUCACCUUUGGAUUUCCACUUCUGUAUUGUUCCACUCCAAGAGGCAAAAAUAAAAGUAAAAAAAAAAAAAAAAAAAAAAAAAGAGAAAAGGAAAGCUCUCUCAAGUCUUGCCCAAAGCUCGUUAAUUAUUCAGCUGAAAUUUCUAGUUACUUUCUGAUCUUUCUUUUUUUAGCUGUGGCAUUCAAGGUGGAUGAAAUGGCGAAGCGUGGAUAUAAGCUGCAGGAAUUUGUGGCUCAUUCAUCCAAUGUAAACUGCCUAAAUAUAGGGAAGAAGACGUGUAGAAUGUAUAUCACAGGCGGUGAUGAUUACAAAGUCAAUCUUUGGGCAAUUGGCAAACCUACUUCUUUAAUGAGCUUGUGUGGUCAUACAAGUCCCGUUGAAUCUUUAGCUUUUGACACAGCAGAAGUCUUGGUUCUUGGUGGUGCUUCCACGGGUGUGAUAAAGCUCUGGGACUUGGAAGAAGCAAAAAUGGUUCGCACUCUUACUGGACACAGAUCAAACUGCACUGCCAUUGAAUUUCAUCCAUUUGGCGAGUUCUUUGCAUCUGGUUCUGCUGAUACAAAUCUAAAGCUCUGGGAUAUCAGAAAGAAGGGUACACUUCAUACUUACAAGGGUCAUACACGAGGCAUUAGUACUAUCAGAUUCACUCCUGAUGGUCGCUGGGUAGUUUCUGGUGGAUUGGAUAAUGUUGUUAAGGUGUGGGAUCUUACUGCUGGAAAGCUAUUGCAUGAUUUUAAGUUCCAUGAAGGACAUAUUAGAUCCUUAGAUUUCCAUCCCCUUGAAUUUCUCCUGGCCACAGGUUCAGCAGACAGAACUGUGAAAUUCUGGGACUUGGAAACUUUUGAAUUGAUUGGAUCUGCCAGACCUGAGGCCACUGGAGUACGAGCAAUUUCCUUUCAUCCUGAUGGGAGGACACUUUUUUGUGGAUUAGAUGAUAGUCUGAAGGUUUAUUCUUGGGAGCCUGUGAUUUGCCAUGAUUCUGUUGAUAUUGGGUGGUCCACACUUGGCGACCUUUGUAUUCAUGAAGAAAAACUUUUAGGUUGCUCUUACUAUCGAAAUUCUGUGGCUGUUUGGGUAGCUGAUGUUUCGCUUAUUGAGCCAUAUGGAGUUGGCUUUAUACCGGAAGAAAGUGACUGCAUAGAGAAAAAAUUUAGCAUCCCCAAAAGUGAUUCUCCUGACAAAGUAAGGAGUGGCAUGAGGUCUACUUCACAUUUGCGCUCUUUGUCUCCUGAUUAUGAAAGCAAAGAAAUAAAGAACAUAUAUGUGGAUUCUGCUGAUGGAAAACCAGUUUCUUCACAAAAAGUUGGGUCUUUGACUUCGCCGAAAAGGGUCCUCCCACUGGAUUCAAAAGAAAUGAGCAAUCCACCAUCAGAUAAGAAGAUCCCCGUAACAGGAGGGAAUGCCAAAGCUGAUGGAGAAGCAUUUAAUAAAUCUUUUGUUGUGCCCACAGUUGUACCUCGGGAUAAUCCCAUUGAAAAGAACUCGUCCAAUUCGGGAAGGGAAACAGUUACCUUUUCACGGACAAGACCAGGCAUGUUGCUUAGGCCAGCUCAUAUGCAGAGGCUAUCCAAUAGCAAGAAUGAUGUCGAGAAGCUGUCAGUAGCUCUUGAGUCUGAGACUUUUAGCAAUAUGCCAAGUGAAAAGGUAAGUGCAAUGGAUCUGAAGUUGCAAUCGUUGAAUGUAUUAGAAGAGGGAGUGCAGAAAUCCUAUGAAGAAAAAAGUUCUGAUUUCAAGAAUGUUGCUGAGAAGUUUGAAAAAGAUUUAUCCCCAGAGAAACCCUCUAGUCAGGAACAUUUGAUUGAUUCUAUUGUUUCAGGUGAUGAAUCAGUUAAUAACAAUAGAGCCAUCCCUUCUGUUAAAAUUAUCAAUGGAGUUGCUGUUGUAGCAGGCAGGACACGCUCUCUGGUUGAGAGGUUUGAGAGACGAGAGAAAUUUAGCAAUGAAGAUCAGUCAACAAGUAUGGAGUCUCAAACUGCAGGUUUAACAAAUAGCACACCUACCAUGUCAACUAAUGUCACCCCACUUUCUUUACCUGAAGCAGGUAGAAAACCUCCUAUAGCAAUUAGUAUGACACCUCGUAUUGUACCUGAGACCAAAACAAAACCAGAGAUAGCAACUAAUAUGUCCCCUCACGUUUUUCCUGAAAUGGAUAGAACACCCACAGUAGCAACUGUUGUGACCCCUCGUGUUAUGGAUAGAAUACCAGUCACAGCAACUAAUAUGAUCCCCCUUGUUAUACCAGAAACAGAUAGAACACCCAUUGCAGCAACUAAUAUGACUCGUAGAGUUAUAUCUGAGAGAAAUAGAUCACCUAUUGCAACAACUGAUAUGACUCCGGAAGCUAUAUCUGAAAGAGGUAGAUCACCUUCCACAGCAACUAAUAUGACCUGCCAUGUUGUACAUGAGAUGGAUAGAAGAACACUUCCUGCUAUGAAGGAGGAGCCUCAGAUUUCUGGAAGGGACUCAAAUUCUUCUAAUUAUAGAGAUGUUAGUGAAGAAUUGAUGCAAGCACAUGAUGUAUUCUUGAGUACCAUUAAAUCUCGGCUGACAAAAUUACAGGUGGUUCGACAUUUUUGGGAACGGAAUGACAUUAAGGGUGCUAUCAAUGCCUUGAGGAAAUUGCCAGAUCACUCUGUGCAAGCAGACAUAAUCAGUGUUCUCAUGGAAAAAAUGGAGAUCCUUACCUUAGACCUAUUUUCUUGCUUACUGCCUGUGCUUGUGGGCUUACUGGAUAGCAAGAUGGAAAGGCACACAGGUGUCUCGUUGGAGAUGUUACUGAAGCUUGUAGCAGUCUUUGGCCCAGUGAUUCGCUCAACCAUUUCAGGUCCUCCGCCUGUUGGUGUUAAUCUACAUGCAGAACAAAGGCUAGAAUGCUGCAAGCAAUGCUUUGUCCAGCUGCAAAAGAUCCAGCAAAUUCUUCCAGCGCUCAUCAGGAAAGGUGGUGUGUUGGCAAAAUCUGCUGUGGAAUUAAAUCUAGUUCUUCAAGAAUCCUAGCCAGUGUUGUCAUCCAAAGCCAAUUUCUAUUUCAGGUGGGAGAGUGGCUUAGCUGAUACCGGAACAGAAUAUAUGCAAAACGAUGCUACUACUUUCAAGUGAUUUGUGUAUCUCACAAUUUUGUCUUGCCGCUUCGUACUUUUUGCUGUCAAUAUUGACUUCUAUCGGCGGAGUCCUACGGCUUGGUAGUGUUAUGAGGCAAAUACUAAACCAGUAAGUUUACGUGCCAUUAUCGAUGCAUAAUGAUGGAAGACAGAAAUCUCGCAAACUGUGGUCGCCCUAGCAGUGUGCCUUGAAGAUUUUCAUUGUAAGUCUUGAUUCUAGGCGUUCUUGUCUGUAAUUUCUGUGUAAUGUUCAAAUGAAUGUAAUUAUGUGGCAAUUUAUUUUGUAUACUACAUUCAUCAAAUUCAUUGAAAUGCAUAGAUCUCUUCCAAGA